AACUUCCGGUACGAGAUAUUGGAGUGACCUCCCUUCAAUAGUGUACCCAACAUGAACAAGUUUCAGUGUAUAAGUUGUGGAAAGCCAGCAGACGAAUUAUAUCGCGACUUUAAGGGAGGGAUAAUCAAAAUAAGUCAUUGUAGCAGCUGUGAUGAAGUCGUGGACAAGUAUAUAGAGUAUGAACCUGUCAUUAUCUACCUGGAUGCUUUGCUGCUGAAACUGCCUGCCUUCAGACACAUCCUCAUCAAUACAGUGCAGACAGCGAUAUGGAAGUUUACGCUGGUGAUCCUCCUGUGUGAGGCGUUCAUCCGGCUGCUCCAGGAUCGGUAUGCGAAAGUCCCCAUGGCCGGCCCCAUCAAGCCAGACUAUGUCUUCUACUCAGCUCUAGAAUGGAACUUGUACUACAACUACGCUGUGUCUGCAGGAGAGCUAAUGAUAUUUCUCAUGGCAGUUGUGACAGUGUUGUUCAUUCUUCAGAGAAAGAGAGGAGGUGGACCGCAACAUCCACAACUCAACAUCCAGCUUGUCGUCCGUGCCCUCAUCUGGUCCAACUUCGGGAAGGUGCUUGUGAUCCCUGUCAUGUUGUGGGGACAGACAUACAGCGCCAUCUACCUCAGUCUUAGCCGAGCCUACGUCCUGGCCUGUUACGUGCAGGCUCUUCGAGUGACUGGACCAGCAUCAAGUCUACUGGAGGCUGUAACUGUGAUCAGCAUAGGUUCUGCUGUGCAGUGGGGUGUCAUGGCCUGUCUGCCUACAUGACCCGGACAGUGGGGUUGGGGUCAUGACAUGUCUUCCCACGUGACCUGGAUAGUGAAGCCAUGACCUGGACAAUGGGAUCAAUCCAGUGUGUCCAUGUGGAGUUUGGACCUGUGUUCCAAUGGGACUGGACAGUGGAGAGUCAGGGCUAGUCUGUCCAUGUGACCUGGACAGUGGAGGAGUCAGGGCUAGUCUGUCCAUGUGACCUGGACAGUGGAGAGUCAGGGCUAGUCUGUCCAUGUGACCUGGACAGUGGAGUCAGGGCUAGUCUGUCCAUGUGACCUGGACAGUGGAGAGUCAGGACCUGUCUGACCACUCAAAAGAAAUGGCUUUCCAGGCACAGCAAACAGAAACUGAAAUGUCACAUGAUUUCUCCCAGCCUUGAUGACUGACCACCAGUUUGUUCAAGAAGUCCACGAAGGUUUGCCUCUGUAAACGUGUCUCAUAUUAGGAAGCUGAAUUGGGGCCUACAUGUUUCUCCAUAUGACGACGUCCCAUGAUGUUCAGUUCCUUCUAGGGGCAGUGGGGUAGCCCAGAGGUGAAUGUGUUUACUCAUCACGCCGAAGGCCUGGGUUUGAUUGCCCACAUGGGUAUAAUAUGUGACGCCUAUUUCUGUUGUUCCCUGAUGUGAUGGAGGUGUAAUCUUGCUAAAAACGAUGUAAAACCCAGCUUUCUCAUAAUUCAUUGGCCUUUAGUGUUUGUGUAGAACAUACCGAAUACAUGCUGAAAUCCUUGUGGGCUAUAGACUAGUGGAUAGGUGCUAUUCAUACUUGUUACCAUGGUCACCUUUACAUAGUUUUUAAUAAAAUUAAAAUACACAAAUUCA